UUUUUGAACACAGGACAAUUAACCAAGAGGCCAAGUUCAGAAAUAGUAAGGACCAAGCGAGCAAUGUUUUGUUACAUAUUUACAACAUCAAAUCAUACAAGAGAGGAGAACAAUGACAAAAUAACCAACAAACACAUAAAGAUAAGAUAUUUUUGUUAUACAUCUAAGUUAGUAUAAAAAAUGGGUGGUCAGUUAUCUAUCUGGAAAAUUAAUGGCUUGUUGUGUCUCAAACACUGUAUUUUACAGGUGGAGAGGAAGUCCAAGGAACUUAUUUGGAUGGAACACUGGAAAAUCAAAAGUUGAUGAGAAACCACAGCCUAAGUACCAUGACAUUGAUCUUCCUUUCCCACCUUCUCUGGUCUCCAACACCUUUCUAAAUGGAAGAGAACUGAAAUGCUGUUACAGAGCAAGCAUUGAUGGAUUUAAUGCAAUUGACUUCCACAAAUACUGUGACUUUAAGGGCCCUUGUGUUAUUAUAGGUUACACAAACAACAAGCCCUUUAAGUUUGGAGCAUUCAAUCCAGAAGGUUAUAGAAGCACAGAUGAUUACUAUGACUCCUUUGAUGCAUUCCUCUUUUACUGGCAAGAGGAUGGGAAACCUGAUCCAAUAAUACUACCCAAAGUUGGGGGUAGUGGAGCUGCCCUUUUCGAUUAUGCCCGUGGGGGGCCACAAUUUGGCUCCGAUGGACUGCUCAUCGGCCCACCCCUAACUCCUGUCAUGGGUGUGUUUACAGGACCUGAUCCGAGUUCAGGUGCAGGUGAUCUCAGGCAAGCUAAGUCUAGGCUGGGGUUAUCCUAUGCUAAGAGACCUGAUGGAAAGGAGUCUAUCUUCGGGGAUGAAUCCAAUGCAACCCUUGAAGAGGUCCAAGUCUUCUGCAGUCCAGACAUUGCAAGAUUAUACUAAUGUAUUGUUUAUUAUCCUCCUUGUACAGCAAGAUAAUUAAUCAAUGGAUGAAGACAUAUUAGAGCUUUUUAUUUCUUUGCA